AUAAAAGCUUCUUUGGCUUUUUCAGUCCACCUGAAAUCCCAAAGAACCUGAAAGAUAUGAAAGAUACUGUUGAGGUCAUAAAUCUGAAAGACGAGAUGGAAAGGGAUUGUUUCUUUGGGUUGACCAUUUGAGAUGAGAUCAUCCCACGUGCCGUUUCAUGGUUUAUGGGGGAGACUGGACUGGAGGAGAAUACCCAAAUAUCUGCACAGCACUCCAAUUUCCUCAAGAAUCUAUCAAAAAAUGUCAGGGAGUGUGUUGGAAGUCUAAGAUUGAUCCAGGAAAAAUAUGAUGCAUUGAAAGCAGAGUUUGACAAGGAUAGAGCAUCAAUUCAAGCAAAAUAUCUUCAAUCAUGUCAAACUUUGUACGCACAGAUUAGCUUGGUAGAAAUGCCAGAGCGUAGCAAGAAAAAGUUGAUGGCUUUGACCACUAAUGUGAUGAGAGAUGAUAGUGAUAAGGGCCUUGGAUUACAAGUUAUGAAAUAUUUGGCUGCCAAAUAUGAAGAGCUAGGGUGUGAAGUGAAAUGGAUGGGCAAGCCUGAUAAGGUGAUCUAGUCACAUUGGUCUGGUUACCGCUGUUAACUUCACUUCAUGUGAACCUUUAGCUUAAUACAUAUUUCUCUUGCACUUGACUACCAAGAUGAAUUUUGAGCAAGGCUACUUUUUGCUUUGAAGCAAAGUUUGGUGUAGAAAUUUUGUAGAUUGUUGCUCAUAUGUUUCUAGGCUAUCCUUUGUAAGUUUUGGGGUUUUCUUUUGUGACAUAUG